AAGAACAGGCUGUUUGUGUCCCAGGAGAUGAUUAAAUGGGUUAAGAUUAAAAUUCCUCUGUAUUACUCAGUCUUUCUGUGAAAGAAAAGCAAAACAGCAAGGCAGAGCAGACUCCAGAAGAGCUAGACAGACAGACUCCUUCUGCUGCUGACUUGCCCCCUAGUCCCAGAGGAGGUACAGUUCUUCCCUGGUAGUUGCUGGGUAUCAGAGCGUUUCUCCUAACAUGCAGGUAUUUGAGUUUUUCCUUCUGGUAGAAGUUACAUGUUUCUUUCCAGUUUUUUCCAGUCCUUCCUCUCCAGUCAAUUGCCACUGGAAUCCUUAUGGCCCUUGGUCUGAAUGUGAUGGCUGCACUAAGACUCAGAUUCGCAGACGGACAAUAGCAGUUUAUGGCCAGUAUGGGGGAAACCCAUGUGUUGGGAGUGCCUUUGAAACACGACAAUGUGUUCCUACGAGAGGAUGCCCAACAGAGGAGGGCUGUGGUGAUAGGUUCAGGUGCUUUUCAGGUCAAUGCAUUAGCAAAUCUCUGGUGUGCAAUGGAGACCAGGAUUGCGAGGAAGACGGUGCUGAUGAGGAUCAGUGUGAAGAGAGCAGACCGGCUUGUGACAUUGAUAAAAUGCCUCCUAAUGCAGAACUUACAGGAGCUGGCUUUGAUGCCAUUUCUGGUGAGACUAGGGGAAGAGUGAUUCAUACUAAAAGUUUUGGUGGACAGUGCAGAAAGGUGUUUAGUGGUGAUCAGAAAGAAUACUAUAGACUGAGUGAAAGCCUUCUUACCUACACAUUCCAAGUGAAAAUUCAGAAUGAUUUUAGCUAUGAGUUUUACAACAGUAGCUGGUCUUAUAUGAAACACACAGUGCGCAAUGUACAAUCAAACAGUGGCCAUCACUAUUCACAAAAUACACAGGAGAAAAGCAGCAAAAAGAGUAACCACUUCAUGGUUGUUGAGAAUGAUGUGGAAGUUGCUCAAUUCAUUAAUAACAACCCAGAAUUUCUAACUCUUGCGGAGCCAUUCUGGAAAGAGCUUGCCAACCUUCCUGCUGUCUAUGAAUAUGGUGCAUAUCGAAGAUUAAUUGAACAUUUUGGAACUCACUUCCUGCACUCUGGAUCUCUGGGAGGACACUACAAAGUUCUCUUUUAUAUGGAUUCUGAAAAAAUUAAAGCAGAAGGUUUGAGUGUUACAGACAUGUACAAAUGUUCAUCAUCAGGUUGGAACUUCUUCUUCGUAAGAAAGAAAAAGACUACCUGCUCAAAACUGGACGAACUGUUAAAAUCCUCUUCAGGAACCAGUCAUAAUCAGAUUAGAGGUGAUCCCUAUGUAGAGGGAGGAAAUCCAGCGGCUGUUGCUGGCCUGGCUUAUCUAGAUUUGAAUAAUCCUGCUGGAAAUAGUGAAAGAUAUUCCUUCUGGGCUCGAUCAGUGAAAUACUAUCCCAGAGUAAUUAAACAAAAGCUAACACCAUUGUAUGAGCUGGUAAAGGAAGUGUCCUGUGCCUCAGUUAAAAGGCAUUACCUGAAACUAGCCAUUGAAGAGUAUCUGAGUGAGAAUGAUCCCUGCAAAUGUCGGCCAUGUCAAAAUGGUGGCGAACCUGCCGUAGCAGGAACUCAGUGCCUGUGUUUCUGCAAACCUUAUACGUUUGGAGCAGCUUGUGAACUUGGAACGCUUGUACAAGAUCAACCAGGAGUUAUUGAUGGAAGGUGGAGUUGCUGGUCCUCUUGGAGUCCUUGCUCAGGAGAAAGGAAGUCCAGGAGUCGAACCUGCAAUAAUCCACCACCUAGUGGUGGUGGGAUAUCCUGCAUUGGAGAACAGUUUGAAAGCAGACAAUGUGAGGAUGAGGAGUUGCAACAUUUUCGUUUGAUUGAACCACACUGCUUUGACGUGUCCAUAAUUCCCACAGAAUUCUGCUCACCUCCCCCAUUCUUGGAAAAUGGAUUUGUUCAAAAUGCCGAUUCUUCAUAUCCUGUCGGGAAAAGUGUUGUUUACGCCUGCAGAGAUGGUUAUUCUCUUGUUGGUGAUCCUGUUGCUAAAUGUGGGAAAGGUUUAAAGUGGCUCACUGGGGAUAUGCAAUGCAAGAAAACAGCUUGUGUCUUACCUUUUCUGGCGGAGGAUAUGAGAGGAGAGCCAUGGAAACCUUCAUAUGAGAUUGGAGAGAAGGUGACUCUGUCCUGUCCAGAUGGCAUGCACUUGGAAGGGUCAUCUCUCAUUUUGUGUGAACCCAGCCUCAAGUGGUCUCCUGAUACGAAGGAUAUCCAAUGCAAGAGAAGAGCACCCAGCGUGAAACCAGAACUGACAGAACCUAAAUGUCAGCCAUGGGAGAAAGUGCAUCAGUCAAAAUGUGUAUGUAAAAUGCCCUAUGAGUGUGGACCGUCCCUGGAUAUCUGUGCCAUAGAUGAGAGAAGCAAGAGAAACACAGCCUUAACUGUGUGUAAGAUGUACGCUCUUGAGUGUAUGGGCAGAAAAUACUCUUUGACCAGCGAGGAAAACUGCAAAAUGCCUGCUGCUGCAGCAAAACCUUGUGGCUCAUGUCAUUUGUGGGAAACAUGUGAUGCUCAAACCAACACAUGUGUGUGCCGAGAAGCUGGGCAAUGCGACGAGGGAGGAAUAAGCAUUUGCGUUGACGUGAAUGGGAAAGUCGCCAGUAGGACAAUGACUGAAUGCGAGGCUGGUCUCCUCAAGUGCCGUGGGGAGAGUGUCACCCCUGUCAGCAUGAGACCCUGUGAUGUACCGAGUAAAUAAGAUAUUUUAUGGUUCAUUUUGCUUCUUGCCAUAGGAUAUGUCAAAAUGUCAAUAGCUGGGCAGGUCAUGCUUAAAAGUGCCUUUGAGUUUGUUUUUUCUUUUCUAUGUACAUAAAACCUUAUUCUACUCAAUGUAGGGCCUGACAUGAAGCCCACUGAAAUCCAUGAGGGUCUUUUCAUUAGCCUCAGUGGGCUUUGAAUCAGGGCCCUUAGCUCUUACUCAGCUUGAACAGUCCCACUGAAGCUAAUAUAAGGGCUAUAGUUCUAGGCCUGUGGCUUGGAAUUGGCAAGUCUGCUUUACAUUUCCCUCUGGGUUAAAAAUGUUCCAAAAUUGGCCUUGAUCCUGCAUCUUAUUUCCUGCAGGCACAUGGAACAAUUUGUAGACUCAGUCUAAAUCUGCAAAUACCAAGGUGCUAUUUAUAAAGAGUGAUUGAUUUAAGUGUCUAAAACAUGUAAAUUAAUUUGAAAAAAAAAAAACAACAACCCACCCCACAAAUGCACACAUACACUGAUUGGACUGGAUAGCUUCCAUGUGUCAAAACCAGGGAAAAGAAUGGCCCAUUAAUGCAAUAAGAGAUAUGAUUAUUCCCUUUUAAUGAAGCAACUUUAUUACCAUUUUGCCUUAUUCAAUUAAGCACACUGCAUGCAGAGCAGCGUACCUGUCACUGAGCCUGAAGCAUUUAUAAGUCAAAGCAAUAUGUACUAAUAAUGAAGACAGCUUAAAAUAAUGAAAAGAAUUAAUAUACUGUAGCUUCUGGUACACCAAUUCCGCUUAAUACAAAUAUAACCAUAUAUUUCACAUUGUCCUAACUUUCACUGAGAGCUAAACUUUCAGACAUAGGCAGCUAAGUUGAACUUGCCAAAAUGCAUUUGUAUAUUUGCAAAAUAGGAAUUUACAUAUAGAAAAGUAUCUAGCAAAAUCUGUUUUCAAAGGAAAAUUUUCUCAAGGUGGGUUGCUUUGGGGAGGCGUCUUCUAAUAGAAAUGGAGAAAAAUUACACUCAGUCUCCUUGGAGAUACUUUGGGGCAAUUUCUUAAGGAAGAAGGCUAGCCAAUAAAGGGGGUGUCUUGUGCACCGCAGCUUGUGAACCUAAACUCUGCAAACAGGCAACAUGCACCUACCUGUUUUAUGGAUGAAAUGGCAUGUUUGCAGGUACACACACAUGUUGCAAGUACAAUUUAAGUGCCUGUGUUUGGAACCCCCCCCCCCUUUUUUUUUCUUCCUAGUUACUCUUAGAUCAAAACAAGGACAUGGGCUGGGGGGCUGAGUAGCAGGAUGGAUGAUAAAAUGAGCUGGAUAAAAUUGUGAAACUUGUACGUUUUUAAAGCAAUGGAUUUAUAUUUAUCAUUAAAUGCCUAUCAAACAUAA